AAGAUAUAGAGUUUUUUCGAUAUUCAGAACCAGUUUAUAGCGAAUUUAAAUUUAUAUAGGUAUAUACAGCCCUGUACAUAGUUAUUGUGCAUGCAGCAUAUGUAAUUGUGAUAAAAAAAUGAGAAAUACUUAAUCUACAAUACUUGUAAAUCUGAAGCGUUGUGAUAUUUCGCAACACAAUAUUGGACCACAGCAGCAAGUUAUAAUUAUUAUAACUAAGGAUAACCUAAUUUGGCUAUCUUAAGUGAAGACCAAAGACACCAACGAAGAUGCCAAACAAACCCAAGAAGGAAAAGGGGUCCAAAACCAAUACAGCAAGUUCAAAAUCAAAAGAUGAGGACGAGAAAAAGCCUCAUGCUCAGCAUCACAAUAAUGCUGGUCCUCCAGUCACACAACUUACAAAGGUGAAAUAUGCACCUGGCGUUCCGAUGGUAAAGAAAGAUAAACGUCAAAAUUCAUCAAGAUUCAAUAUUUCAAAGAACAGAGAGCUCGUGAAGAUUCCUGCUUUAAAAGAUGCUGCACCAAAUGACGUUGAAAAUCUGUUUGUAAGAAAACUUCAGCAAUGUUGUGUUGUAUUCGAUUUUGUAACUGAUCCGCUUAGUGAUCUCAAAUGGAAGGAGGUUAAAAGAGCAGCAUUAAAUGAAAUGGUGGAAUACGUUACUCAUAACAGAGGAAUUAUCACUGAGGCAAUUUACCCAGAAGCUGUACAUAUGUUUGCUAUAAAUACAUUUCGAUCUCUUCCACCUCUGAGUAAUCCAAGCGGAGCUGAAUUUGAUCCGGAAGAGGACGAACCUAAUUUAGAAGCAGCAUGGCCUCAUAUACAGCUCGUCUAUGAAUUUUUCUUGAGAUUUUUGGAAUCACCUGAUUUCCAUCCCCCGAUUGCGAAGAAAUAUAUCGAUCAAAAGUUCGUUUUGGAGCUUCUCAACCUAUUUGAUAGUGAAGAUCCACGUGAGAGAGAUUUCCUCAAAACUACUCUGCACAGAAUUUAUGGAAAAUUUCUUGGAUUGAGAGCUUACAUCAGAAAGAAUAUAAACAAUAUAUUUUAUAAAUUUAUUUAUGAAAUGGAGAGACACAAUGGCAUUGCAGAGUUACUUGAGAUAUUAGGAAGCAUCAUCAAUGGAUUCGCACUUCCAUUGAAAGAAGAACACAAAGUAUUUUUAGUGCAAGUUCUUAUUCCACUUCAUAAAGCGAGAUCUCUCAGUGUAUAUCAUCCUCAGCUUGCAUACUGUGUCGUACAAUUCCUGGAGAAAGAUUCUUCUCUCACCAAACCGGUUGUUGAUGGACUGCUGAAGUUUUGGCCUAAAGUUCACAGCCCUAAAGAAGUCAUGUUUCUCAAUGAACUUGAAGAAAUACUUGACGUGAUUGAGCCUACGGAAUUCACAAAAAUUAUGGUUCCUCUAUUCAAACAACUUUCUAGAAGUGUUUCCAGCCCUCACUUCCAGGUUGCAGAACGUGCUUUAUAUUUCUGGAAUAACGAAUAUAUCAUGAGUUUAGUCAGUGACAACACAGAUGCUGUUCUUCCCAUCAUAUUUCCUGCUCUUUAUAAGAAUUCCAAGACACACUGGAACAAGACAAUACAUGGACUGAUAUACAAUGCAUUGAAAAUCUUCAUGGAAAUGAAUCAGACGCUAUUUGAUGAAUGCACACAGAAAUAUAAAAUGGAAAAGCAGAAGGAGAAACAAAAACAAAAGGAGAGAGAACAAUGCUGGGAAAAACUUUGCACAUUGGCAGUAAAGAAUCCUCAGGCCAUAGCUAUUUUCAACCAAGGAACUCUGACUCCAUUUACCGAUUCUCUGAUAGCGGCCUCUGACCAUCCACUAACAUCAUUGAUGGGAUCUGGCGACGCAGGUGUAGCUCUAGCACCAGCUGGUACCGUUGUGGCAGGCCAACAAAAUAUGGAUGUCACUGAUAUAGAAAAGGAUCUCACUCUCUCUCAUGUUUCAAAAGAAGCAGAAGAGGGUAAGAAAGCACUCAAAGGACCCCGUAACUUGAUUCGUAGAAAAUCGGAGCUACCACAAGACAUGUACACGAUGAACGCGUUGGAGUCUCACAAGAGAGCGGAGGAUCACCUAACAACAAAUAUCGAAAACAGUUAAAAUGCACACGAUUGUUUUCUCGCCGUCCGACUACGUAAGGUGAUUUAUAAGUGAAUAUUUUCAAUCAAGUAAAAUCUCUAUUGAUAUAAGCUUUUUCAAUAGAUGAACUUGGUUAGUUCAGUCAGAUUUACCAUGUCACACGCUUCAGCUAUCGCUUUGCGUUGUAUUGUUCUGUGAUGUUACUUUAAUAUCCAUCAGCAACCUGCAAUGUCAUGUUAUUGUGAUGUCUUGCGUAUCACCAACCAUUCACCAUAGUCAUGUGACGUUUUCAAAUUUCACCAAGAUAUAGGAAAUCUCACUUUUCUCCUCCCAUGUCAUAUAAUAGCUUAUGGAUAUGGUGUGCUUUUUUUCUACUCUUGUUUUCAAGGCUUAUAUCAGAUGCCUUGCUUUAUUACUAUGGUUGCCUAUCUGUUUUUAUCAUCUUUUUUUCCAGAUGGUAUUCUUCCCACACAUAAUUCAGUCAAUAAGAUAUACAAGAUUAAAAAGUAAUGUAAUGAUAGGCAAGCAUUUUUUAGUGAAAAAAUCCUCAACAUGUAAUAUCGUAAGACUAGGACAAUGAGGAUCUUGUUCCAAGCGAUGUUUUUUCAUAAGUACCUUCGUUUAUUGCUAGGAUAAUAAUUUAUAUACGGGUACUUGGAGUAACUAACUCAGCUAUUUACAUACCAUGCCUUGAUUGGCAAUGAGAAGCUGAUAUUUGCCAUGUGAUAGAGCUGUCUUAUAGGCUUUCCUCACCCGGUAAUUCAUGGAAUAAUUCGAGUAUAGAAUUCUCUAAUGAUUGAUAUAGCUGUGUUUCCACUAACGGCGAGUGGCAUGCUAUAAUUUCAAUACCUAUUAUUCUCUCUGCAUAUAACCUCAACCUAAUUUUGGAAUGUCUGUCUAAAUUGUAUGAAAACCCCAAUUCUGUUUUUUUCUUCUUUUUUCUAUUUGAUUACAGUGUAGAAUGUUAUUUAGGUAAUGAUGAUUUCGUUUUUCACGUUUAAGCUGUUGUAAAUAUUACUUGUUAUAUUUCCUGUCAUAUCAAUUUGUAAAUGUACAUUCAAAUGUAAAACAGUGAUCCCUUUGACUAUCCGUAUGCUGUUGUCGAUGAAAGGGUGUCAUUGUAUAUUUGCGUGUGGAAAUUUGUUGAUUGUUAAUUCCGUAAAUUGGGAUUUAGCGUUGAAACCGAUUAUGAUAUAUCUAUUUUUCUGACAUCAAUGCAGAACAAACGGAAGAUACUAACUUAAUUCAACUUGUUCAUUCAACUUGUUCCAUGUAAAAUACAUUGAUCUGUGAAAUAACUAGUAUCCGCUGUUAAAAUGGCAUAUCAUGCCUGAUAACAGAAUGUGUACUUACUGACAAUGUUUAUCAAUGUCGUUUGACAUACUUAUAAAUAUUUUUAUUCAAUAUUGUCGGUCUUCACAAAAUGGUUAUUCUAAUAAACGUUUAUUUUGGCGCAAUCUGUCCAUUUGAUACCAUAAAGCAAUUAUGAUUCUGUGCAUGGUAGGACUUGACAUUGGCGACGAAAUUCAAUAAAAAAUUAAGAUUUUGAUAUUAUCGUUUGGAAGUGCAAGUGCAGUCACGGCCCCCUUCAUUUACUUUUGUACUUGCAUCUUUGGCCUUGUGCAACUUUUCCCUCGACUGUUUUGUAUUUGAAAAGUUAUUAAUAUUGUUUAUCCCUGUUUUGGGUUUUCAGUAUCGGAUAAUAUGUUCCAUAACCACUUCUAAUAACUGGAUUCAGUUACUAAGCCGUUUUCAAUUAGUUUUUGGUACGCAUCAAAAUUUUGUAACAUAGCCUUUAUUACUGAUUCAAUAUACUUUUCUGGAUAUUGUUUCUCAUCUAAAUAUGAAUGAUGAUUAUUAUUUUGUUUCUUGGAACUAUGGUGUUGUACUCAAUAUAAAUAUGAGUCUUAGUAUAUCACAAUUGAUUGAAUAUUAUGACAAUUAUUUAUAAUAAAAUUAUUGUCGUCUUCACGACACAUCUUU